GCCGCCGCCGCUGCCGCCGCCGCCGCCGCCCGGGAGCCGGGAGCCGGGCCGCCGUCAUGCUGAGCCGGCUCGGGGCGCUGCUGCAGGAGGCCGUGGGGGCGCGGGAGCCCAGCAUUGACCUGCUGGAGGCCUUCGUGGAACACUGGAAGGGCAUCACGAACUACUACAUUGAAAGCACAGAUGAAAACACCCCGGCCAAGAAAACAGAUAUUCCCUGGCGGCUGAAGCAGAUGCUGGACAUCCUGGUGUACGAGGAGAAGCAGCAGGCGGCGGCCGGUGAGGCCGGGCCGUGUCUGGAGUACCUGCUGCAGCACAAGAUCCUGGAGACCCUGUGCACGCUGGGCAAGGCCGAGUACCCGCCAGGCAUGCGGCAGCAGGUGCUCCAGUUCUUCAGCAAGGUUCUGGCCCAGGUGCAGCAUCCCCUCCUGCAUUACCUCAGCGUCCACAGGCCUGUGCAGAAACUUCUCCGACUUGGUGGGACAGUUCCUGGAUCCCUCACAGAAAAGGAGGAGGUGCAGUUCACCACUGUCCUCUGCUCCAAGAUCCAGCAGGAUCCAGCCCUGCUCACCUAUAUUCUAGAAGGUAAAAAGACCGUCGGUAGGAAGGAGGCAUCCAGAGAAGCCACCGCCCUGCCGAGAGAGGCAGCCGGCAUCAAGAACGAGGAGCAGCCCCACAGCAAAGCUCCUGACAGGGGUGCUUGGGGGGCCCGGGCCUUGAGCACCCAGCUGCCUGCUGAGACCGAGCAGCCCGAUGGAGGGACUGGGGAGAGCAACCUCAUCACCUCGCUGAUUGGCUUGUGCAAGAGCAAGAAAGGUCGGGUGGCCCUGAAGGCCCAGGAGAACCUGCUGCUCCUGGUAAGCGUGGCUUCCCAGGCAGCUGCCACCUACCUGGUGCAGAGCAGCCCUUGUUGCCCUGCCAUCGUCGAGCACCUCUGCCAGCUGUACCAGUCCCUGCCCAGCUUCCUGGACCCCGCAGACAUUGCCGCUUUAGAGGGCAUCAGCUGGAGGUUACCCAGUGCCCCGUCUGAUGAGGCUUCCUUCCCUGGCAAGGAGACCUUGGCUGCCUUCUUGGGCUGGUUUGAUUACUGCGACCACCUCAUCACAGAGGCACACACGGUGGUUUCGGAUGCCUUGGCAAAGUCUGUGGCUGAGAAGUUAUUUGUGGAGAUUCUGCAGCCCCAGCUCCUGCAUGUGUCUGAACAGAGCGUCCUGACCUCCACCGCCCUGCUCACGGCCAUGCUGCGCCAGCUCCGCUCCCCUGCCCUGCUGCGGGAGGCCGUGGCCUUCCUCCUGGGCACGGACCAGCAGCCUGCAGCCCCCGAGGACAGCCCUCACACCCUGGGCGGCCACCUCGUCAGGCACUGCGACCACCUCUCUGAUGAGAUCAGCAUCGCCACGCUGCGGCUGUUUGAGGAGCUGCUCCAGAAGCCCCACGAGCAGAUCAUCCACAGCCUGAUCCUGUGCCACCUCGAGGGCCGCCCUUACGUGGCCCGGGGCUCGCCCGAGCCCGAGAGCUACGAGGACACCCUAGAUCUGGAGGAAGACCCCUACUUCACGGAUGGCUUCCUUGACUCCGGCUUUCAACCCUCCAUGAAGCCUCCCCCUGCCCCCAUCACCAACCCCGAUGGCAAAACAGCGGUGACCGAGAUUGUCAACAGUUUCCUCUGCCUCGUUCCUGAGGAAGCCAAGACCUCGGCUUUCCUGGAAGAGACCGGAUAUGACACAUACGUCCACGAUGCUUACGGACUGUUCCAGGAGUGCAGGUCCCGAGUGGCACCCUGGGGCUGGCCGCCGGCUCCCACACCCCUGGACCCCCAUGAGCCCGAACGGCCUUUCUUUGAGGGUCACUUCCUCCGAAUGCUGUUCGACCGCAUAUCCCGGAUUUUAGAACAGCCGUACAGCCUGAACCUGCAAGUGACCUCAGUCUUGUCCCGGCUCGCCCUCUUCCCCCACCCCCUCAUCCACGAGUACCUCCUGGAUCCCUACAUCAACCUGGCCCCUGGCUGCCGGAGCCUGUUCUCUGUGCUCGUCAGGGUGAUCGGGGACUUGAUGCAGAGAAUUCAGAGGGUGCCCCAGUUCCCAGGCAAACUGCUGCUGGUGCGCAGGCAGCUGAUGGGCCAGGUGCCCGGGGAGCAGCUGGACCACCAGACCCUCCUCCAGGGCGUGGUAGUCCUUGAGGAAUUCUGCAAAGAGCUGGCUGCCAUCGCUUUCGUCAAGUUCCCCCCACAUGGUCCUCACCUGCGCCUCUCCGAACCCCCGGAAGGGCACGUCUGAACCAGGAACGUGACACCUCUGCCCAAGAGCUGCCUCCCGCCUGGCACUGCUGCCACCACUGUCCUCCCGGGGUGGGGGCUUGGCUCCGUCUCCUUCACAUCCCGGGGACCUCUGCCUGGGUGGAGGUCUGGGCUUCCACUCUCGGGUUAACUCAAGACGCCCUUGGCCUGUUGGCUCUACCAGACUGGGUUUCAAGGAGCGGGUCUCUGAGGUAUCAGAAGCCAAGGAGCAAAAGAGAUGGCUUUCUGGGCAGCAUGGUGUCCUCGGGGCCUUCUCUGGGGAGCUGGGUGACGGCCAGAUGAGUCCCCAGACCCAGAGCUUCAUGUGUCCUGUGCCUGUCACCUGUCUCUGUGGGCCAUCUGUGGUGAAAGCCAAGACCUGAGACUCAUUCCAGGGGCACGGCGGGGAGUGAGCUGAUGACUCUGAGGCUGGUCAGGACCACAGGCCAGAGAGAUGCGGGCACGGCCCUGUCUUGGCCACACCAAGUACCACAGAUGCUGCCGAGACUUGACGUUUUCUCUCCUGCCUUCUUGGCUUAACCCUUGGGGAAGCGGCAGUGGACAGCAGGGGAAGCCCCUCUUCCCACUCAGCCCUCCCGGAGACUGUUGCACAAUUCCCAACAGCCUCAUGGCAAAUGCCCAAAGCAUGCUCCACGCCCAGGUGGGGGCAGCCGCUCAUAAGCUUGAUGCAACUGCAGCCAGGGCGGGAGAGGGCCUGGGGAGCCCGGGGGGCUGGAUGCCAGGCUCCAGCUCCAGCUGGUUUCUCUCUGGCGCCUUCUGAACCUGUCUCGGCAGGUCCACGACACCUGGGCAGAGGGGCUCAGAGACCGGGGGAGGCCAGGCCUUGCCCUUAGCAUCCUGCCAGGGUUCUCCAUGGAAUUCAAUCCCAGCGGUGCUGGAAGCUCUGGGUCCAGGUGAGGCCAAGAUGCCCACUGGACCGUGGGCCCCCCAAGGCCUGGCCGGGGAGGGGGGCUGGGGCACAGGCAGCCAGCCGGUCACGGUGUGGUUCUCCCUGCAUGACCUCUACGGCUGGGGCUGCCACCCCACCCGGCCCGAAUCUGUCUCAACCUGCAGGAACACACAGGCAGUGCCAGGCAUUACCUCACAGCAAACUGCAGUUGCUGGCUUUACUCCUGGGCAAGGAGGAGCAGGCCAGAGCCCCACUUGCUUCAUUUUUCUGCCCAUGCUGCUUCUAGAAGCCGUCCACAGGUUGCCAAGAGGUGACGUGAAAGAGGAGGAAACUCAACGACCUCUACCUCUCCUGCAUCCCUCCAAGCUGGGGAAGAUUUAACUGCUGCUCCGGAGGACACUGUGCACGUGCCUGCACGCGUGUGUGCGCACGUAUGUGUGCGCACGCGGGCGUUGGUGUGGGACAGGGGAGCAGAGCUCAGCGGGCGAAUUGGGUCUGGACUCUUCGAUUCAGAAAACGUUUGAGCGUCCGGGAGUCAGACAGACACUCCACUCCCCAAUGCACUCGGGCUUUUGCACAGUGUCCCCCGCUAGACAGCACGGAAAUAAAUGGUGUGGUUGUGUGGA